AUGGCAAAUAGAACAACAGCUAGUGCUUCAAGUGGACCACGACGUAAAUUAGCACUUGUCCUUGGCAUCGGUGAAUAUGAAGAAGGUCGAAAAUUACCAAAUGCAGAAAAUGAUGCAAAUGAUAUGUCAUUGGUGCUGGAAGGGAUUGGCUUCAUCGUUACAAAAAAACUACAUUUAACGUACACAGAAAUGAGACAUGUUCUUGUUGAUUUUGACGCCUCCAUACGAUCAACUGACAUGGUCUUAUUUUAUUUUGCAGGGCAUGGAACACAAUGGGAGAAUCAAAAUUAUCUAAUACCAAAAGAUAAUGCCGGCAUUGAUGGUGCAGAUUUGAAAAAACGUGCGAUUAAUGCACAAGACGUUUUGAACGAUUUAAGUGAUCGAGAUCCAUUUGUAACAAUAUUUCUGUUGGAUUGUUGUAGAACAUAUCAUGUACGUAAUUCUAAUUCAACUCCACGUGCGACGAAUACAAAUAAUCCUGAAUCAGAUGGUCUCAAAGCAAUGAAUGCUAAAGCUGGAGCAUUGAUAGCAUUUGCUUGUGCACCUGGAACAGUAGCAGAUGAUGGAAACGGGCAAAAAAAUGGUCUAUUUACAAAACAUCUUCUUAGGCAGAUUGUACUUCCUAAUCAAGAUAUUCGAAUGAUAUUAGCUGAUGUUACUGAUGGAGUAAUGGAGGAAUCAACAUCAAAACAAAUUCCAUUUCUCAGCGUUACAUUAAGGCACAGAAAUAUAUGUUUGUGCGAUCAAAAUUCAGGUGAGUAG